CUAAGUUAAGGUGGCACUUCCCCUCCUUUAGAAGACAAUAUUUCCUAGGUACGUUCCUCUAUCAAAUCAUCAACAACCAUCGUCCUUCUUACGCCUACAACCUUCUCCAAUUCAAGUCCUCAGUCCAUUUCCUUUCAACAAGAUCUCGACCUUCUGACCUCUACAUCCCUUCUCACAGAUCUGCCUCAUUUCAAAAUUCCUUUAUAGCUCGCGCUGUCAAUUUCUGGAAUAUUUCUAAUUAUCAAAUUUCGGCAUUCCCCCUCCAUAUCCACAUUCAAAUCCCUCCUAUUCCAAUUCCUAUCCCAAAAACAGUCAGAUACUUGUUAAACUUUUGAUAUUAUACAUUUCUAGUCAUCAUCAAACGAUAGUACUAUUCUAUACUGUGAACUGCACUUGGGAUAUUACAAUAUCUUCCUGCUCUUAAUGCCACUGACCGCAUCUAUUGUUUGUUUGUUUUUUUUUUAUUAUUUUUUAUUCGUAUAUCAUUAAAUCUGUACCUAUAGCUAGCAUUUGACAAUGAUGAGUCUACAUAUUAUUCAUUAUUUAAAUACACUGAUAUUUUAUAUUGUCAGCUUUUCUUUGUUAUCAGAAACACGCUUCAUUUUAAAGAAGAACUCAAUGUAUUUUUUAUUAUUUUAUUUUUCAAAAGAGUAUAAUUAUAAUUUUUCCUACUGCACAUAGUCUUAAGUGUUUUGUUAUAGUUUUAAGUAUUUUGUAUAUAGAUUUUUUUUUGUGUUUUGUAAAUAGCUUGUUUAACUAAUAUUUUCUUUACUUUCUCUUUUUUAUUAUUGUUUUAUUUUGGCCAGAUGUAGUAUUUUAAUUAUGUUCUAUUUUGUUAUUCUAAAGGGACUUUGUCCCAGAAUAAAGUUAUUUUAUAUUUCUAUUUCUAAAACAUAUGUUUAAAAAAUGAUUGUAACAUGAACAUGUGUUUAAUAAAUUACGGUAACCAUGGAACGGAGUAAGGGUUGUCAUUUCACGUAUUAUUUUUCACUAAAUGCGACAUGAUAAGCCUUUUUUUUUUUUUGCUAUUUUUCAAAUCCGAUCACGAGACUUUUAUUCCAAACCUAAAGAUUAUUUAAUUUUUUAAUUAGAAAAAUUUACCCGAACACUCAUGUUUAACCAUGCUAUGUAAAUAUUUGAGUCUGUCAUUUGCCGAGAUAAGGGGAUGUUAAUAUUGAAGGGCUCUUCCAGACAUGGUUGGAAGGAAGGGAGCAGUUAUUAAGCAGGCCCUUGCAAGACUACAACCUGGAACGGUCAAAGUCGAGUAUAGGCGAGGGCUGCCGCAAGUGCUGAUUCCGCUACCCACCUCCAGGCAGCGAUGCCUCUUCACCCUCAAGCCCGUGGGGAACACCGUUGGGGACCUCAUCGACAUGAUCAAGUCGGAAGACAAAGCGAUCAGUUCCGUGGAUAUCACAACAACCGAUAACAUUCGAAUAGCGUCUUCCAACACGAUAGCCAAUUUGGUGGAAGAAGAUUUUAAAUUGACGAUAAAUGGAAAGGAAUAUUUUGUAAAGGCUCCACAAAAAUUUGAGGGAGCAAGUUCGGACAGGAUGUGUGAAAUACGAUCUUUAGUUCAACAGCUUUACACUUCUCUGAACGCUAGUGAGCACACUGCAAAGUUGGAAAUGGAAUUUGAAAUGGAGUUAGAAAAUCUCAAAAAACAGUUAGAACCAUUGGAGAAGAAAAAACUGGAACUAGACAGAGUUGCUGGUCGGAAUGCAACUAUUUUGACUUGGUUUGGUCUUGGAUUGAUGUCCAUGCAGUUUGGCAUCCUGGCUCGGCUGACCUGGUGGGAGUACUCUUGGGACAUCAUGGAACCUGUUACGUACUUUGUCACUUAUGGUACUGGAAUGGCAGCUUAUGCAUACUUUGUUCUCACCAGACAGGAAUAUUUAUUACCUGAUGUGAGAGAUAGGCAACAUCUUCUGAGUGUCUACAAAAGAGCAUCAAAGAUGGGUCUGGAUUUGGAUGAGUACAACAGGUUGAAGUUAUCUGUAGCCCAGUUAGAAAACAACUUGACUCGAAUUCGAGACCCACUUUCUAAGGUUCAAGUCCCUCAAGUUCCAGUGCAGUUCCGAGAUACUAGGCAGCCUCCAGAGGUUUCUACAACAACUUCCUUCCCUACCAGGUUAAAGGCUAGCGUAUUCAGCUUCUUUAACUCUUCUUCUGGAAAGGGAAAGUAAUAGAUAAUAUUAUUAUUUUGAACAUAAAUGCAUCAUGCAUUGCCCAUUUACCUUGUUGGAGGCUCAAAAAAUUUAUUUUUCUUAAGAUCAGGGUUAUUCUGGAAAAAAAAAUGAUGGAAAAGAGAAAGAAUAAUGUACUUAUAACAGUUGAGAAGUUACUUGUGAUCUUUAAUUAUGGAUCAGUUAACUCAUAUUUUUUUUUAUCUCAAGUAAAAUAUCACACUAUUUAAAUACAAACAUAUUUCGUUAUAUAAUAUUUAAUUAUUUGUUCAAAAAAUCAAUUUUCCUUUUACUAAUCAUGUUUAUCUUGUUAAUACAAAAGCUGAUGAACAUGGCGGUGAAUAUAAUACCGUUAUAUCUUCUAUUUCUUAAUACUAAGUUUACCUAUCCUUAUAAAGUAUUAAAAUGUAUGCUUAGUUAUUAUGUAAAGUACAAGUUGAUUUUAACUAUAUCUUCUUACAUAAUUAUUAUUAAAUGGAAGCAAUUUUCUCCUCACUAUCCAUAGACUCUUAUUUCCUUUUUAUAAUUACAUUAAUUUUUUUUUUUAAGGUAUCAUUAUCCUCAGUAAGGUAUUCUCAAAAAGUUAUUAUUACCCUCAACUGAUGCCAAAUGUUUUAUAAUGCUAUUAAAUGUUUUUAAAAGAUAUUUCUGACUUUUAAAUAUUUCGCUUGGUAAUAUUUUGCAUGUGUGAUGGCAAAAAGUGAUAAACAAAGUAUAGAUAUUAUAGUUGCAUUAAAUUGUAUAUUAUAUACAGGUAGAAAAAUAUAUGGCUCAUGUUAAUAUAUAAACUGUUAAAUAUAAAUAUAUAAGUACUUAUAUGUAUUAUAAAUAUACAUAAAUGUAUACAUACAACUGCCACAAGAGAGACAUGUAGUGAAAAGAACCAGUGCUUAUAAUGUUUUUAUAUUUGAAACACUGAUAUCCAAAAUGCCUUCUUCUAUUAGAAGUGUGUAUAUUGUAAAUAAUAAAUAUAAUAGCUAUGAAAAUGUAUUCUAUAAAUUUAAUCAAUCCAUUAAAUAUAUGUAAUAGCUACUUUUUUGUAAUAUAAUUGUAAAAUUAAACUAACAGCUAUUAAAAAGGAUGUAACAAAGAUGUUUUUUGAACUGUAUUUAAAAAAAAAAAAGAGCUUCCAGCAAAAGUUAUAUAUUUGCAUUGAGCACUUGUCACAAAUCACCAUGCGAUUACAACAGUACAAAGAAGUGAUAAUAAAAGCUGAAGCAUAGAGUAAAUAAACUUAUAAGAAAACAUGAGUGGUAAACAUCUAAACCUAAUGCUCAAAAUAUUGUUAAAGUUAAAUCAUUAUUUCUUUAUGUAUAUCUGUACAGUAAUUAUGAUAGUUUUUGGGCCUAUUAUAUAUAGUCUUACAUAUUCAUAUCACAUGAAAAAUUAAUUAAACUUUUGCUAGUUUAACAUGUGUUGGACUAUUUUUAAUGGUCGGUUAAUUUAUUUUAUGGACACCAACUUCACUUAUAUUCAUUAUUAGUGAAUGUUGUUAUCAUUAUUUGUAAUUUUUAAUUGUUUUUCCUUCUCAUCUCAUAGACUUAAAAAUUUAUCUUUUCUUUUUUUUUUUUUCUGAACUUAUCCACUUCAACCUUUUUACCUUUUAAUUAGGAAAAACAGGCUUUAUUUUUAUAAUUUUCUGGAUGGAUUUAUGUAAUUGGAUAUUAGACUCUAUUAACAUUUAAAAAAAUAAAAAUGUCAUAAAUUAAUAGUUUUUACUAGAAAUAAUUUGUCAUGAUAUGGAUAUGUAACCCUGGUUGGGUCCGAGGUUGAUAUUGUAUAUAUAAAAUGUUAAUAUUGCCAUUCUUUGAUGACAAUAGAUAAAAAGAUUUUGUCCCUAAAAACUGUAUUUAAAAACUCCUUCAACUUUGUUGUAUAGUUUUGAAUGGUGAUGCUAUUGCACCAUUAAAAAUCAAGAGCUUCCGGGUUAAUGAGUGCACUUCUCCCACACAGCUUACCCAUCUAUUCCCCUGCUUUUGUACAGUGGUAACUUUAUGCCUGGAAUGAUAAAUAGAAAUGUUUAUCUUUUUGCAUGAUUAAGUUAAUUUUUACGUCAUUAUUUUUUUCUUGCCAAUAUAUCCAUUUAUAUUUGGCAGAUGAAAAAGAGCUUUUAGUUAUAAGUAUAUUUUAUUUUGUAUAUAGAUUAUAGAUUUUUAAUUUUAUCCUUUUUGACUAAUGCUAAUUUUCUCCUGAAUAAAUAUCAUCUCUUGUGUAAUCCCACGGCUUGAGGCUUUCUAAUAGUAUAAUACUAAUUAAGCUGUUGUAGAGAAUUAACAGAAAUCUUUAGACGCGCCUUUAUAAUGGCAUAACUUUGAUUUUACUGAUCUAUCACGGAAUAUAAUACUUUCAUUAUUGACCACUUCUUCAAAAUAAUAAUCAUAACAUAUCACUUGCUUUGAUAGGUUUACCUAUUUCUUGGUAAUCGUUAUACUUUUACCAUUUUAUAAUCACACCUUUCAUAUUUUUAUAUAAUCCUUUACAUUUCUUUUAAUUAAUAAUUUAUUAAAAGAUAAUGUAUUAUCCUUAACUUAAUAGUUACUUAUCCAUUGUUAACAUAUAUUGCAUUUCAUAAUUCUAGGAUAAUUAUAGUUAAACUAAGAGGUAUCUUUAUUUACACAAUAUAUACAAUUUAGUAAAAGAAUAUGGCCUUGGUGUAUUGUGGGCAACUUCUUAAAUAUUUACAAAAUAAUUGUUUAUUUACCUACUAUUUCUUAUUUAUCAUUAAACCUUAUAAAGAAUAUAAUAAAUUACAAAUGUGGAAAUGUUUGUACAAAAAAAUUAAAUGAAAUAAUUUUUAAAAAAUGCUUUACUAAAAUAAAAUUAUGCUAUUAAUGCACAAAAUGUUUUUAUCUUAUGUUUUAUAUUGAUUCACUCUAAAAUUUGAAUUAUACAAAAAGAAUAAGGGGGAAAUACAUGUUAAAACAGUUUAUUUAAAUUGUUUGCUUUAAUCAAUUAGAAUUUUUUUAAUGAUCUUUUUUGAUUGUGAGACUGAAAUGUGAUAUUUUAUUCAAAUAUGUCUCUAUGUCGUCCAGAGAAUAAUUAUUAAAUCUUUUGUUUAUUGUUGUAUGGUCCCUUGUUAUUUCAUGUAAAAUAAUCAAGUAUAUUUUCAAACAGAAAGUUAUUGAAAAAGGAUUGCCAUACAAUAUUUCCAUUGCUAGUUAGGAUUAUUUUUGCUAUAAUUAUUUUUAUUGUUAUGAUCGGUAUUCACAUAGUUCCUCUUAAUGUACACUGAUUAUCAAAACUAUAAUCUGCAUAGUUAUAGCCUAUUAUUAAUACAUUUUCUAUGAUAACCCAAAACUAUAUAAUCUGGUGGAUAUGAAACCUAAGCUUGUUUAAAUAUUGUCAUAAUGGUCAAAGCUCUUUUAAUAAUAUAUUAAAAAAUUACUGUUACUAAAAUUUUAAUGAUUUAAAAAAAAAGUUUAUAAAGCAAAUAUAUUAUGUAAAUCUAAGAGAAGAAUGAGUCUUAUUAUGAAUGAUAUGUUUUCCCAUUUGUUUGAUAUCUAAAUUUAUAAUUUGAAUUUCAUUCAUAAAAACUAAGUAUCUUAUAAAUUCUAUUCAUUGACAAUGACUAAACUGUCUACAAUUACUGUCCUAACUUCCAGAAAGUGUUUUAGAUGUUAGCAGUUUCUGGUCUUUUUUACUUCGCUGCCGCAAAUCACUUUUCAAUAAAAAUAUAUGUUUCUUUGUCACUGUUUAUAUACUUGUUUAUAACUAUUGUUAGAUAGUUAUAACAUCAAUUUCAAAUAAACAAAUAAGUAGGUACAUCUUUUUUCAUCCAUUACAAAUAAAACUGAUAACAUUGAACGUAUUUAUUUGAAGUUAAUAUAAACAAUAAAAGGUGCACAACAAAAAACAGUUUAUUUUACUCAUAAAGGAGGCCUGUAGUCUCUUAUGUUUUUCAUUAUAACUCCUAUAAUGUUAUAAUAUUUAAACACCCCAAAACAUACACAAUAAAUAACCCAAUCGGUAACAGUUAAAAACAAUUUAAACCAAAAUCAGAUGUUUUCAUUUGAAAUGUGAUUUCCGGUAGAGAAGUAAAAAAAUCUCGCAGUUUCAUACUGUUCCUUCAGUUAAUAAAGUUAAAGUACUGUAUAUCAAUUCCUAUUAGUAACUAAAUGUUUUCCUUAAAAAAUGUAUGUUUCAGGAAAUUUUAGGUUUACAGAAAAAUUAUACAUAUUUUGUUUAAUCCAAAAAAGUAUAUAUUUAUCAACUUUGAAGAAAAUGUAUUUGUUAUUCAGGAAAAAAUGUGUUUUAAAAAGAUCUUGAAUAUUUUGUUUAUAUGUGGUCUGUUAAUUGUUACUGUGUGUUAAAAAGUGUGUCAAUAUUUUUAAACCUUAUAUGUAAAGAUGAUUUAAAUUAUAUUUAUUGUUAAAAUAUGAGCUACUUUACAUGUAACAGUUCUUAGUAAUUAAAUGAAAACUCUUACUUAGA